AUGGCCAUGUCUCCCCUCACCCUCCUCCUCGUCCUCGCCGUCGCCGCGACGGCCGCGACGCCAUCACACGCGGCCUGCGCCGACGGGAGCGGCGCCACGAUGCUGCACGGCGUGGCGAACGACGUGCUCCUGGAGUACGGCCUCCCCAAGGGCCUCCUCCCGGACUCGGUCAACUCCUACACCUUCGACAACGCCACCGGCGACUACCAGAUCGAGCUCGCCAGCAGCUGCUACGUCUGGUUCGGCGACCACUACGUCUACUUCGACAAGAAGCUCAGCGGCACCAUCUCCCACGGCGCCAUCACCAACCUCUCCGGCGUCAUGGCCAAGAAGCUCUUCAUCUGGGUCUCCAUCACCAGCAUGACCGCGCACCUGGAGCGGGGGGUGAUCGAGUUCCGCGCCGGCUUCAUCACGGAGGACGUGCCGGCGUCGCUGUUCGAGAAGAUCCCCGUCUGUGUCGACGGCGUCGGAGAACAGCUCCGGGGUGAGGCUGGGGUGGUCCGGGAGCUUGGCCUGCUCCCCGUCGCCGAGGUGUGA